AGCAAAAACAAAAACAACAGUGAAGAACAAACAAGUUUUGACUUGUUUUGUGUUGUGUUGUGAAAGUUAGUGGCAGAGGUUCAUUCAUAGAAGACGAAGACAAUGCAUUUCUUGUGAUAAAUCGCACUGAUUGGUUUGGACCUUUUCGUGCUUAGUAAUUUAAAAUGAAUAUCAAGGAACGAGAAAAGUACAUCGAGGAUUAUGAUUUUCCACACUGUGACGAUGCGACCAAGUACGAAAAAGUUGCAAAAAUUGGGCAAGGAACCUUCGGGGAGGUGUUCAAAGCCAAGGAAAGGAAAAACCCUAGAAAAUUUGUUGCUAUGAAGAAGGUUCUUAUGGACAAUGAGAAAGAAGGUUUUCCCAUCACUGCUCUUCGGGAAAUCCGCAUUCUUCAACUGUUGAAGCAUGAUAAUGUGGUUAAUCUCAUAGAAAUUUGCAGGACAAAAGCAAAUGCCUCCAACAAAUUUAGGUCAACAUUUUACCUAGUUUUUGACUUCUGUGAGCAUGAUUUAGCUGGUCUGUUGUCAAAUGUAAAUGUUAAGUUCAACCUAGGAGAAAUAAAGAAAGUAAUGCAACAACUAUUGAAUGGAUUAUAUUAUAUACAUAGCAAUAAAAUUUUACACAGGGAUAUGAAGGCUGCUAAUGUCCUCAUCACAAAAAAUGGAGUACUGAAACUAGCUGAUUUUGGUUUGGCAAGAGCAAUUAGUAUCCCAAAGGCAGGUGAACAAAAUAGGUACACAAAUCGAGUGGUGACACUGUGGUACAGACCGCCGGAACUACUUCUAGGAGAUCGCAAUUAUGGUCCACCAGUGGACCUGUGGGGAGCAGGCUGCAUCAUGGCUGAGAUGUGGACCCGCAGCCCCAUAAUGCAGGGAAACACUGAGCAGCAACAGCUCACUCUCAUUAGUCAACUCUGCGGCUCAAUCACCACUGAAGUGUGGCCGAAAGUAGAUAAUCUUGACCUAUUUUCCAAAAUGGAACUUCCCCGCAACCAAAAGAGAAAGGUUCGGGAGCGUCUAAAGCCCUACGUAAAAGAUGCAUAUGCUUGUGACUUGUUGGACAAGCUUCUUAUUUUGGAUCCCAGCAAGAGAAUAGAUUCUGAUUCUGCAUUGAACCACGACUUCUUCUGGACUGACCCAAUGCCUGGGGAUUUGUCCAAAAUGCUUGCGCAACACACCCAGAGCAUGUUUGAAUACACUGCCCCUCCUCGCCGAGCAGGCCACAUGCGUGCUCACCACCAACAUCAGACUGCAAUGCAGAAGCCCUCUCACUUGGAUUCUGGCUACCAAGAUCGAGUUUUCUGAGUACCGCCAGCUCCCCCCCUGAUGCAUGGAGCUCCCUCAGAUUUAAAGCGGGAUCCAUCCCGCCCAUCUUGGUGGGCUCCAGUUCGGGAGGGGAGCGCGGUCGACGUGAAUUCGCCGCUCAAGAAACAAAAGUUCCAAACCAAGAAACCGUCUCGCUACACACCCGGUGCCGGCCUGGUUCCUGCAGAGGCCCCGGUAACAGUCCUGGCUCCGACCAUCGUCCCGGGAGUGUCGGGUGUGUCGCAACCCAGCUUACCCAUGUCAUUGCCAGGUCCUAGUUCUUCUGGAGUGAGACCACUUCCUCAUAAUGAUCAGCAACAGUUCUCAGAUCGUAGAUGACUGUUAAGUGUGCCGGUUAUUGUGAAAACUUAAAUAGGAUUUUGGUUUUUUCUUCUAUUUUGCUUGAUUAUUACUUUAAUCUAGAAAUUGAACAUGCAUUCCCAUUUUUUAGAUAAUUUCAAGCUGAUGCAGUAUGCUCUAGUCUUUCAUAAUUAUGGCAUCUUUUACCGCCAAUGUAAGAUAAUAUGUAAAAUCGUAACUCUUUUUGUAAAUACUGUAAAGUCUAAAUGGUCCAAUUUAUUAUUAUUGUAUCUGUACUGAUCAUGAAGUAAAGUCAUAUGUAAUACCCCUAUAUGUUGUUUGGGAUAAGCACAUGUUUCUGUAAACUUUCAUGAAACUUAGUCAUUGUAUCUUGUUGUGCUCUGGAUAUUGUUGUAAUUAAGAUUUUGAUACUUAGUUAUACUUGUAAAAUUCUAUGACAUGUUGUAGAAGCCAUAAAAAUAAAAAAUAAAUGGUUUUAUGGAA